AUGGGACGUGAUGACACGAAUGUACAUGCUGGGAUCAUAUCGGAAAAGGCUGCAAUUGGAAUUCUUAGUGACAGUGCAAAGUUGAGAUCACGAUUGAGGUUAUGUCGUGCUAGUGCCAAUGCAGAAGACUAUUUGACGAUGGAAACUUACGAGUGGACACCCGAAUUACUGGCGUACCUUGAUCAAUGGAGACAAUACCGAGACAAGCAACGGAUUGAAAAUCUUGGAUUUGAUCGUCGAGAGAGAAAACAUGAAUUCCUGCCUCAAUUUUCAGGUAAAGAUCUGCCAAAGCACCACAUCAGACGAAUACCACGCAAAGAUGUACUCACUGAGAUUGGAUAUCAUUUAGCUUGCGUACAUGAUGUAUGGCGAAAGUCAAAGUUAGGUACCUCCCGUUUUAAAUCAAUGAAAAUUGAAGAUAUCGGUGUGCUGGAAAAGAAAAUCAAAAGCAGCUUCGGAAUGGUGGUCGAUCUGGUCUACAAAAUGAUGUUAGCUCGUUGGAUGGAUCGACGAAAACGGCCCGCUAAGUGGUGGGCUUCUCUCCAACUCCGUGAAACAAACUACUUUGAUCGGGAGCACGAAUCGCCUGUUGAUCUUCCUGAGAGCUUUUCAGGUGACUACGCAGAGAGUUUGCAAGAGAAUGAUACUCAAUACUCUUUUCCAGACAGAGCCGAGCUCAACGAAAAAAAAUUACAUGAUGCUACUAACAGCGAAUCUGUUAAACACAAAAAGAGUCAAAGGUCAAGAAUGCAAUUUUCUGCUGUGGGUGGAUUUCGACGUCCUUCUACGGUGACAUUGGUGAAUCAUGCAUCGACAUCAAAGAAGGAGGCGACUAAACUGAUUCCAUCUCCUGACCUUGUGAUGGCGAAGCCACUUGUCUUUGCCACGCCAAUCCGAUCUCACGACGUUUACGCGUGGACAGACAAGGAUGUUCGGGCUUUCACGCGCAAUACUAAGCGUAUAGCCGACGUACGUGCCGCAAUGGUGGGUCUACGUGACCGUUUCGAUUGGUUGACGACUUCCCGUGAGGUUACAAGCGUUACUGGAACUGAGACUAAAUCAGCUCUUGGAGAGAGUGCGUGUGAUGCGUGGCGAGCGGCAUUCAUAGCUACUCACUUGUGUACGCUAACCAAGAAGGCAGCUUCUUUUGCCGAAGAAGCCGCAAUCUCCGAGGCCGCGUCCGCGCUUACUUUGAAGCGUUCAUUAUAUGCAGCUGAGGGUAAGACAGCUGCAAUAGAAGAAGACAACGAAGACUUGUCAACGUUGCGCGUUAGUUCAGACGAAGCACAUGUUCAGGAACUGCAGGAGAAUGUUCGACAUGCACAUGAUCGCGUUGCAGAACUACUUUCUAUGUAUGAUGGCCAACAGUCGACUGAGUGGCGCGAUGUCAUAAUAUCAACUAGUCUUGCCACUGCUCAGCUACUGCGCACGAUUUCGGAGAAUGAAGUUGUUCAUGGAAUGCUGGCAUACAGUAAUAGAUCAAAGGCAUCGACAUCGUAA